CGAUGUGGAUGCUGAAAAUCGAUGUCGAUUUUAAUUUUUUCAAUGUUGUUUCUUGGGUACAGUUCGGUGGAUGAGGUAGAUGUUCAUUUCGGUUGCUGUUUACAAUGGAACAUCUAAAGCGUUUACUUUUUCUGUUAUUCUGUGUUCUCAUUUUUCAUCCCUUACUCACAAAGGCCGAGGCAGCUGGAAAUGGAAGUUGCCCUUGUGAUUGUGAAUACAUGGACAAAAUCGACUACUGGAAUAAUAAAAGCGACGAAUAUGCUAACAAGACAUUGGUCGAAAUAUACCAGGCGUUACUCCCUCAGCUGGAGGCGACCAAGAAAGCUCUCCAGGAGGAUAAGACGCAGUUAUCGUCCUACCAGGCCACCAAGACCAGCGCAGUGGACACUCGACCUUCGGCCAGUCAGGUCGGGGGCACAGUUGGGAUCGUCUUUGUUUGUAUGUUCGUCGGUCUGGUCCUGGCGUUUGAUUUGUCAUCCUACAAGCGACAUCUGAAAACAAUACAGUAUUGUCGUAAAAGAUUUUGACGUUAUCAGAAAACAGUCUGAUAUUGUCGUAAAAUUGUGACGUUAUCAAAGGAUAUCGAAAUGUAUCUGCGAAGAAUCUGAAAAGAUGUGGAAACUUAAACAAACUGAGAAAUCAUAAUUAUCAAAACAUGCUGCAGUCUGCUCUACCAAAAAUCAUUAACUUAAAGGUUUUCAUUUUAAAAUUCAAAGAAUAUAUACCGGUAAUUACUUAUCGAUUGGUAUAUGGAUAUUCAUACUUUAUAUUUGCAUGCUUUUCGUUUUCAGUUGUUGCUAUGCUUCUUCAAAUAAUGCUUUUCUACUUUUGUUUCUCAUUUAAUUGGAUGUUAAAAAUUCAGGGAAAAAAUUAAUUUGUCUUUGUGCAUUAUCUGGAGAGCAAUUUCAGCCUCUUUCAUUUAGGUUUUAACUUGUACCAUUGUUUGCACUGUCAUUGACUUUUUUUUUGUAAAUUAAAAGCGUUGAUAGUCAGGGCAGUCGUUAUGCAGAUUCCAGAGAUAAAAACCCCUAAUAUUAUUGACAUUCCACACUACGUGUUUAAAACCGAAAGUAUCAAAAGAGAACAACUUACAAUGUACAGCGACAAAAUUGAAUCAUGUCUCCUUCUUUGAAUAAUACAAAUGCAUGAACAUGAUAUAUCCAUUUUUUCUAAUUAAUCUACAGUAAAACCUGCUAAACAAUACUGGAGACAUGGAUGUACAUGUAUUAGUCCCAUAAUUAUAUAGUUGUUACUAGUACAUGUAGCCAUACGUAGAAGCUCUUACCUGUACAUAAUAAAAUCUUUUAAAGGCAGAGAUUUUUUACCGGGUGGUAAAUUCCAGGUGAGGGAGGGGCUUAUUUUGUACAGGUG